AUGGAAGAGUCUGAUGCAGAGGAUAUGUCUACUCUGAGGAACAGUCUGAGAGUGAGAGGCUUGAGGGAAGAAAGGAGAACCAAGAAGAGGAAUGACCCUAUAAGCAGUGAGGAAACUGAGAGUGAUGAGGAAGGAGAAGAGGUGAACCAAUUGGUUGAUGAAGAUGACCAAGAGGGGAACCAAGAUGAGCCAAUGGAAGAGGCUGAGGCAGAGCAAGAGGAGGAUGAGCUCCCCAUGUACCAAGAGCACUACAAUGCUCUCUUCUCCAUGGACUUUGUGGAGACCAAGUACCCACAUGAUGACACCAUGAGAGACCUUGGGAUCUUUGAGGAUGUGGAGUUGGUGCUCAAGAACAUGCAAUUGGGGAAGUUCUUCUCUCACCGCAUGGAGUCUUACAAGGAGUUGACUUGUGAGUUUUUGGCGUCGAUGAAGCAUCACGAGUUUGAUGAGCUCGAUCGAGCUGAGUUGGACCAAGGCUGGGGGAAACCUAUGGAACAUCAAGGAAAAGAACUCCAAAGAGUAUGGGCUACAAUAGCUGAAGAGGGGUACUCUUCCUCAAGGUCCAAGGCUGCCCAGAUCAGAAGUCCUGUGCUUAGAUAUGUCCACAAGGCUCUUGCAAACACCUUCUUUGCAAGGAAAGCCACUGGAACAAUCAAUGAGGGAGAAGUGAAGCUCCUUACCAUGGGAAUCAAGCCUAUCAUCUCACGAACUAGGGAUGGGAAGAAGAUCAGAGGAGACAGGGCACACGCAGGGAAUCUCAUGCCUCUCCUUGAGCAGCUCCAAGCCUACAAGGUCACAGCUUACAACACUAGGCACCAAAGAGGAAGAAAGCUUAGUGUUGGAGGGGUGAUCACACCAAUUCUUUGUGCAGCAGGAGUUCAAGUGGACAAGAGAAGGUCUACUCCACCAGGUUGGAUGGACAUCAAGUUUUGCAAGACCAACCUCCUCAUUGAGCACAAGGAGUUGGAUGGGAGAUUCCAAUUCAAGUUCACCCACCCCACGGCUGGACUCUCCAAGCUUCUUCUGCCCAACCCUGAGCUCACCACGGUCCUAGGAGGUACAAACAUUGAUUCAGACCCCCUGUGUACACUUUGGUUGGGCAUGAAGCGGAUUUGCAAGAAGAAGAGAUCGAGCUCGAUCGAGCUGAGGAUCGAGCUGAGACUCAAGCUGAAGAUGGAGUGCAGGAAAGCUGAUUUGGGUGAGCCUGAGUGCUAUUACUUUGAGGAGUAUGAGGCUCCAAGGAUGAACCCCUCUGUUGUGGCUGCUCACAAGAGGAUUGGACUUCUCCAAAAGUUCAACAAAUGGCAAGGGAAAGCCAUUGAGAAGAUGCAAAAGUCCAUGGACAAGAUGGUGAGCAAGAUCAAAAGUUUGGAGAAGAAGGUUUCUGGUUCUUCAAGCAAGAAGAAGAAGUCCAAGGCCCCCACAUUCCCUAGGAGUAGAUCACUCCUCACCACUCCAAGGAGGCUCCCUGCCCAAGAGCCUCACAGAGCCUCUUCUUUCGAGCCAAGGGAAGGAGAAGACAACACGCAGAGAAGGAGGAAGACUUCCAAGGCCAGACGCUCCAGCUCGACCACCGGACUCGAUCGAUCUCCACAAAGUCCAUGGAGAAGAGAGCAUUGUAGUGCUCUUGGUACAUGGGGAGCUCAUCCUCCUCUUGCUCUGCCUCAGCCUCUUCCAUUGGCUCAUCUUGGUUCCCCUCUUGGUCAUCUUCAUCAACCAAUUGGUUCACCUCUUCUCCUUCCUCAUCACUCUCAGUUUCCUCACUGCCUUCCUCAUUUGGAGAGCCAUUUCCCCCUCUUGAACAAGGUUCACUCCAAUCUCAAACUCUCCUUGCUCACUCUCACUACUUAUAGGGUCAUUCCUCUUCUUGGUUCUCCUUUCUUCCCUCAGCCUCUCACUCUCAGAUGUCCCUCAGAGUAG